GCAUUCUGGCCAACAUUUAUUUCCAUAUCGCCCCUAUCUAUUUGACUUGCAGUUCCCUUUUUACAGUUUUAGGAGAAAAGACAGAAAAAAGCUUGGUAAACCAUAGUCUCCAUCACAACCCUGCCCAUGUUCUACACACCACACAUGAUCAUAUAUGCUCAAGAAACUGCCAGGGGUUCUCCAUUUGGGCUUGGAUUUCCUUGUGGUGGCUGAUGGGACUCUUGAUAUCAGAGGAUUCAGGCCUAAAGUUGCAGUCUUGGUGAGUUUUCUUCAUCUUUCCUUUGAGAAUAUGGAUUCGGUUCUCUUUCAAAUCCAAGAGAAAGCCUUUAAUUCUCCAUCAGAGUCACCAGCUUUCCUUUCUCAGUCUCCGCCCCCUCCAGCCAAUUUUCAGUCUGGUGAUUACAAUUUGAACAGCAAGGUUAGCCCAAGUAUUUUGCUCAUUAUUAUAAUUCUAGCCAUCAUUUUCUUUGUUUCUGGUUUGCUUCACCUCCUUGUUAGAUUUCUCCUGAGACAACCCAAUAGAGAACCUGAAGAUUUGGAUAACGUGACUGCCCUUCAAGGGCAGUUACAGCAGCUAUUUCAUCUCCAUGAUGCCGGUGUUGAUCAGUCUUUCAUAGAUACCCUUCCUGUCUUCCUUUACAAAGCCAUUAUAGGAGCCAAAAACCCAUUUGACUGUGCUGUUUGUUUGUGUGAAUUUGAGGCUGAGGACAAGCUUAGAUUGUUACCAAAGUGUAGCCAUGCCUUUCACAUGGAGUGUAUAGACACAUGGCUUUUGUCUCACUCUACCUGUCCUCUCUGCAGAGGCAGCUUGCUUCCUGAUUUCUCUCCAAAUGAUAUCUGUUCACCCAUUGUUCUUGUUCUUGAAUCUGGGAGUGAGAGCUCAAGAGAGAUUGUUUCAGACAGACAUAGUGCCCUUGGCACAAACAAUUCUGUUCUCAGGACAAAUUCCCAUCUGGGCUGUAAUGACAAUGAAUUUGGGUCUAUCCGCAUUGACCCUUCAUAUAAAUCAUGUGAAAUCGUGGCGAAGGAGGAGGCCCCUGCUGCGGCUCUACUGCUGGAUUCAGGGGAAAAAGUUGUUCCCGUAAAGCUUGGGAAGUUCAAGAAUGUUGAUGGGGGUGGGGAGGGCAGCAGUACCAGUAAUGUGGAUGAAAGAAGGUGCUUCUCUAUGGGGUCUUUUGAGUAUGUAAUGGAUGAAAAUUCUUCACUGCAAGUGCCCAUCAGAACCCCGGUAAAGAAAACCUCCACUAAGAGGCGUUCUCUGCCAUUAACACCCGGUGGCAGAAUGGCCAUGUCUGAAUGUGAUUGUGAAUCAAGAAGAGAAUUCAGUGGUUUUGAUGCAGUUAAAGGCGGUGACACUCAUAUGGGUAGUAGUAGUAGUAUUAUUACAGGGAAUAAUGGAAACGGGAAUGCUAUAGGGAGGAGUAAAAGAGAGAGCUUCUCAAUAUCAAAGAUCUGGCUCCGGGGGAAGAAGGAGAAUCCAAGUUCAAGGACAGUGGAUUCUUCAAGGCGGGCUUUCUCUUACCGAUUUCCAGUGCAUUCAAGUAGUGCUGCUGCUGAUGAUUUGAAGUUGAAGAAUGUCAGUAGCAGUACUGGGAGGACUGUUUCUGAGCUUGAAAUUGGGAGGUGGGAAAAUGGAGGGAGUGAAUUGGGUUGUGAUGAGGAAAUGCAGAGCUGUAACAGUUUGGAUUCUCAAGCCAAUCCGCCAUCUUUUGCAAGGAGGACUUUGCUUUGGCUCAUGGGAAGGCAAAACAAGGUUGUUCAUUCAUCCUUCCCACCCAAUGUCUAAAUCCUCUGUGUCUCUCUUUUGUUUCUUUUUUUUUUCCCCCUUGAUAAAUUGUCUCUUUGGUUCCUUGAUUGUGGGAUGCAAAUUAGAAGAUCAGAAUUAGAAAUGAACAAAGAAAAAGAAGGAGAAAAAAAGGAGAAGGGAAAUUUAGAAAAAAAUCUGAAAUACUAGUUUCUGUAUUGAACUGUAAAAUGCUUGUUUUCCAGAGCCUAUUUGGGGUGGAAGAUUGAUUAUUCUUUUCAUAAUUAUCCUCUUUUCUCUGUUC